CCUCGAUCUCGCGGACUAUAAAUUUGAUCUCCUUUGCCUUUUGUUUUUCACGAAUCCUGCGGUCGUCCUCUCCCUCUCCCUCGUCUCAGAUAUCGCCGCUCCAUAUCUUCUGAGAUAGCAUCGACUGCCUUCCGAUGGAGAGGGUUAUCUCAGCACAGGGCAUCCUUUCCCUCCCUUCCACGCUGCAAGCUCGCACUUUCCAUCCCCUCCGCCGCCGUUUUCCUUUCGCCGCCGCUCGGUUCCCCUCCCCGGUCCUUUCCGCCAAGGUCACGAACCACCCCGUCCAUGACUUCAUCUCGAAGGACCGGGGAGUUGCUGGUGAGUCCCAAAGAUCGCUCCUUUCCACUGGGCUUUAUGGGAAACAGAGGAAAGCUCCGACCUUUACCGCCUCCGCGGCGGUUCCCGCUGGAGGGAUCGGUUUUGUGGAGGGCGAGGCGGAGAAGCCCAAGUUAUUGGGGGUCGAGAUUACGACACUCAAGAAGAUAAUUCCGCUGGGGAUCAUGUUCUUCUGUAUUCUUUUCAAUUAUACCAUUCUCAGAGAUACCAAGGACGUGCUGGUGGUGACGGCCAAGGGGAGCAGCGCCGAGAUUAUACCUUUCUUGAAGACUUGGGUAAACUUGCCGAUGGCGAUUGGGUUCAUGCUUUUGUACACCAAGCUGUCGAAUGUUCUGUCCAAGGAGGCUCUCUUUUACACCGUGAUUUUCCCUUUCAUAGCCUUUUUUGGUGCCUUUGGCUUUUUGCUCUAUCCCCUGCGAGAUGCCAUCCAUCCUACGGCGCUUGCAGAUAAGCUUCUAGCAGCGCUUGGUCCGAGCUUCCUUGGCCCGGUUGCGAUUUUGAGGAUUUGGAGCUUCUGCCUUUUCUAUGUCAUGGCAGAGCUUUGGGGAAGCGUGGUGAUCUCGGUCCUCUUUUGGGGGUUUGCCAAUCAGAUUACCACUGUUGAGGAAGCUAAAGAAUUCUAUCCAUUGUUUGGACUUGGGGCUAAUAUUGCCCUCAUCUUCUCGGGACGAACAGUAAAGUAUUUCUCUAAUCUACGUAAGAAUCUGGGACCAGGGGUUGAUGGUUGGGCAAUUUCACUGAAAGGAAUGAUGAGCAUCGUUGUGCUUCUUGGGUUUGUAAUAUCUGCAAUCUAUUGGGGUGUAAAUAAAUUUGUGGUGAACGACCCAUCUCUUCCAAGAUCAAACCGCAAGAAGAAGGUGAAGAAGCCAAAGCUAGGCAUGAAUGAGAGCCUCAAGGUUUUGCUGUCGUCCAGAUAUGUAAGGGAUCUAGCCACGUUGGUGGUUGCUUAUGGGAUCAGCAUCAACCUGGUGGAAGUCACAUGGAAAUCAAAGCUCAAGGCACAGUUUCCUAGUCCAAAUGAAUAUUCAUCUUUCAUGGGUGAUUUUUCAACCAUGACUGGAAUUGCAACUUUUACAAUGAUGUUGCUAGGAAGGUGGAUUCUCAGAAAAUUUGGCUGGGGAGUGGCAGCCAUGAUCACUCCUACAGUUUUGCUUCUAACGGGAGUUGGAUUUUUCUCCCUAAUCUUGUUCGGCGAGCCUUUGGCUCCCCUACUGGGAAGCUUUGGAGUGACUCCUCUGCUUGCUGCUGUUUAUGUGGGUGCAUUACAGAAUAUUUUCAGCAAGAGUGCAAAAUACAGCUUGUUCGAUCCUUGCAAGGAAAUGGCUUACAUUCCUUUGGACGAAGAGAUGAAGGUUAAAGGGAAGGCUGCAAUUGAUGUGGUCUGCAAUCCCUUAGGAAAGUCGGGAGGCGCCCUGAUCCAGCAAUUCAUGAUUCUGACAUUUGGGUCUCUAGCUAACUCGACUCCGUACCUGGGGGGAAUCCUUCUGGUGAUUGUUAUCGCAUGGCUAGGUGCUGCGAGAUCCCUGGACUCCCAAUUCUCCCCCUUGGCCAAGGAGCAGCUGGAGAAGGAGAAGUUACAGAAACAAAAGUCUAGUGUUGCGGCGGCUGCAUCGAAGGAAGAAACCCAGGAUUUGCUCGCCGAGGUAACGCUUAGCACGAAUGGAUCUGCUCAUGAAUCUGAAGCAGCCGACAAAGUAUCAAAUGAGUCACCUCUCUGAGGCAAAAAUGCAGAAUUCUCUUCUCUAAGCAUAGUAAAUGCAGUUAGUUAUCUUAUCGGGUAACUUCAGAAAGUUGGUGAAUGAGUUUCUACAUGAUUUAAGAAUUAUAGGAAUAAGCCUUCUGGGCAUUGCUUCUUGUUCUUUUUGGUAGGAAUGAGACCUGAACAUUCGGUGAGUUACUUGUUGCCGAAUUUAGUUAUUGAGGACGUGUGUCAAUUUGUUGGAUUCUUUUUUGUUGAAAGGACUGCAUUGUCUUAGUUUUUUUUUUUUAUAUACCAAUGAAUGAAACAAGUAUUGUGUUACUAGCA